AAACGGUCGUCGCGAGGGGUGCGCCUCGGUGCCGGCGUCGGGACACAGCGACGCGUUGCUGGAGUCUGGGCUCCACUGACUACCACUGGUCGCAUAUGCUACCUCCCUCUGUCCUUGCUGUGCGGGGCCAGAGGCCUUCGGGGCCCACUUGUUUGCUUGGUGGCUGCUGGCGAGGCUGCGCCCCAGGUUAAGCAGGGGAAGCCCCUCUCCUGCUGCCUUGACCGAAACCACGGGCGGGAGCGAAUGACCAGGUGAAAAAUCAGAUCAUUUCAAAAGCUGGAGCUGAAUGUGAUGUUAAAUAAUGGCAACUGGUGACUUAAAAAGAAGCUUAAGGAACUUAGAACAAGUGCUUCGCUCGCUAAAUUAUCCUAAAGAAGUGGAUUGUGUAGGCUUGGUAAAGGGAGAUACAACUGCAUCUUUGCCCAUCAUCAGCUAUUCACUUACCUCAUACUCACCUUAUGUAGCAGAACUUCUGAUGGAAUCCAAUAUAGAGCUCAUAGCGAAGAAUGACUUACGCUUUAUAGAUACUGUCUACAAGCUUCUUCGUGAUCAAUUUAAUUAUAAACCAGUUUUGACAAAAAAGCAGUUUCUCCAGUGUGGGUUUGCAGAAUGGAAAAUCCAAAUUGUUUGUGAUAUUUUGAAUUGUGUGAUGAAAAAGCACAAGGAAUUGAGUAGUUUUGAGAAGAUUCCAUCACAACAAAGAAAGAAAAUCAGUUCUGUUAAGCCAGAACCUUCUUCAAACACUGAGAAGACAUCUACAGAAUCUGUUGGCAUUGAUAUCACUGGCAGAUUUAUGACUUCAGGAAAGACAAAAGCUGUGGUGAUCCGUCACCUGUAUAAUGAAGAUGGUGUUAACAUUCCUGAAGAUACGAGAAGUACAGUAACAGAUGUUAGUGGAGCAUUUGAUGUGUGUGACUUAAAGACUACUGAAAUAAGGGUUCCUGAAGUAAAGUUCCCUGAAAUCAAGUCUGAACAACAAGAUAUUAAAAUUAAUCAUGAGAUUACUGCACUACAGACUAUGCUUGCUGAAUGCCAAGAAAAACUUAAGAAACUGACUUUGGUAGAGAGUAGAUUAGACUCUUUGGAAGAAAAAAUGAAAGGAAAAGUGAUGGUAAAUGAAAAAACCUGGGCUAAUCUUCUAAGUCGUGUCACUCUUCUUGAAACAGAAAUGCUUUUGUCUAAAAAGAAUGAUGAAUAUAUAAACUUUGGUCAAGUGAAUGAAGACUAUGAAUCCAGUAAUGACUUGGAUAUUCUGAAUUCUGAUAGAAAAGGCAAAGAGGAGAGGCAAACGAGUGUUCCUCUAUCCUCUGGUUAUAGUACAGUGUCAUCAGAUUCAAUUCCCAGAACCCCAAUGGUUUGUUACUGUGGUCUGAAAGAGAAUUCAGAGGAAACAACAAUCCAGAAAAUGGAAAGGAUGAAAAAAAUGUUUGAAGAAACUGCAGAGUUACUGAAAUGUCCAAAUCACUAA